GGCUGCCCAUAGCGCCGCCUGAGUACGCGUGAGGCCUUGUAAGGUGACAUACGCUGAGCUGUGCGGAGCAGGAGGCACUAGGCCGUUGUCGUCUGGGCCAUGUCUGACUGCCGUGCUCCAGAGGGAAACUGUUGCUCGCAGCGGUGCGAAGCGCAGGACAAGGACCAUCCAAGAUACCUGAUUCCAGAACUUUGCAGACAGUUCUACCAUUUGGGCUGGGUCACUGGGACUGGAGGAGGGAUUAGCUUGAAGCGCGGCAGUGAAAUCUACAUUGCCCCUUCAGGAGUGCAAAAGGAACGAAUUCAGCCGGAAGAUAUGUUCGUUUGUGAUAUAAAUGAACAGGAUAUAAGUGGGCCUCCAGAAUCUAAGAAGCUAAAGAAAAGCCAGUGUACUCCUCUUUUUAUGAAUGCUUAUACAAUGAGAGGAGCAGGUGCGGUGAUUCAUACGCACUCUAAAGCUGCUGUCAUGGCCACCCUUCUGUUUCCAGGACGAGAGUUUAAAAUUACACAUCAAGAGAUGAUAAAAGGAAUAAGGAAAUGUACCUCAGGGGGGUAUUAUAGAUACACUGAUAUGCUAGUGGUACCCAUCGUUGAGAACACUCCCGAGGAGAAGGACCUCAAAGAACGCAUGGCUUGGGCAAUGAAUGAGUACCCCGACUCCUGUGCCGUGCUGGUCAGGCGCCACGGAGUCUAUGUAUGGGGAGAAACCUGGGAGAAGGCUAAAACCAUGUGUGAGUGUUACGACUAUUUGUUUGAUAUUGCCGUAUCGAUGAAGAAAGUGGGACUUGAUCCCACCCAGUUUCCCGUUGGAGAAAAUGGAAUUGUGUAAGCUGGAUGUUUAAUUAGAUACAGUGCAAGCUGAAGAUUAGCUAUUACUUUACUGACAAUUAUUUUUUUAAAUAAAUUGAAAUUUUUAUGAUGCCUUGACUUUGUAACUGUAUACUAUAGGUAUUCACACCUAAUGUCUUCUGAUAUAUAUUUGUUUAUACUCUUAUAAUUUUGAUUGACACAGUGAUAGAAUAAAACAUUUUUACCUAUAUUUAUUUUUGAUUUUGUAACAGCAAAGUAUUUGCCAUUUUAAGCAGAUCCUUUUUUAAAUAUAUUAUGACUUUAAUCUUUAAAGUUACUGAUGAUAACAGUUCUAUUAUAAAAUGGGCAUUUAGUUAUCUUAAUCAUGAUAUGUCAUAUUUGAUGUCAAAACAGUUUUAUAGAUUUUUUUUCUCCUGUUAAAUUUUAGUGGUUCCCUCUUCAGGCUUAGCACCCAUAACCCCAAAAUCCAAACUCCACAACUUUUUAGCACAGCCAUGAUGUGAAGGGAGAGAAUUCCAUACCUGGUCUGUGGUCAGGUGGUCACAAUGCUGGUACACUAGCGAUACUGUAGAAGGUUAUCUACAGGCUACGUUACAUAGGAAACAUAAGUCAGUUCUGUAUUUAAACUUGGCUCCCAUCCCUAAGAUACUUCACCAUGAAUAUGGAAAUUAUUCAGAACUCAAAAAUUGCGAAACACUUCCGGUCCUAUGCAUUUUAGAUAAGGGCUGCUCACCCUAUAAGGCCGUAGUGUUCCCUCAUAUGACAAUUGUAAAAUUCUAGUCAGAUAUUAACUCAGACUCCUCACCAAACCCUGACCAAAUCAGUGAUGUAAUUAAUUCAAAAGUGUUUUAUAAAUGUAAACCAAAAGUAAGAUCAACUUCAAUAUAAAGAUUUUACCAUUUGACUAAUACUUUUUUAAAAUUGAGAGAGAACAUUAUGUUGUCUCCAAAAUAUUAAUUUUCUGUUCCACCUCAGAUUACCUUCUUUUGCGUUGAUUACCUCAGAUUUUUCUUUUCAGUAGUUCUCUAACUUCCUCCUUGCUUUUAGUUUCUUGCUUAUAACAUUCUGUGUUGCUCGUUGCUCCUUUCGUGUCCUUGCGUCUUCAUGGAGCACAGAAUGUGUGGUCCAGCGUCCACACCACUUCAUUCCUGCCAUCCUGUCACCACUGUGUCUUGCUUUCUCAGUUUUAUCUAUCUGGUAAAAACAUCAGUUUUUGUUAGUUCACUUGGCAGCAUUUGAACUCCAGCAGCAAGGCCUGGUGGGAAAUUGGGCAACCACAGUGACGAACCCCAGGUGGGCACUGGACGCCCCACACAUGCCGCAGUUCCCUGGUAAAUUCAUCUUCCAACCUCAGGACUUUCUCCUCACCCUUCCUUUUCUUUUAUCAAGUCUAUAACUUUCUUUACCAGCUUUUAGAUGGUAACCUUAGCUCAUCCUUGGGAGGACAGACACGUAGCAAAGAGAGCUCCAUGCCCCACUUCACUGCCCAGUACUCCUCCUGCUUGCAGCCGCCUUUGCCACUUUCCAUGAAAUCUCUUCGAGCCAGAGCUUAAACUGUGCCUGUGUCCUAUUGUCCUCUGACAUUGCCAGUUUUUGCUUCUCCAAGGAUCCCCACAUUUGUCCCAUUUCUGCUAUAUUGUCAGUGCUUUUGUCGUCUGAGCUAGAUCUUUACCAGUGAUAUAAAAACAUGCCCUACUGUCUCUCAACUUAGGAUGCAAACCUUGCCUCUGACCUUCACCUAACUCCAGCAUCUUUAAGAGCCUUUUUAGUUUUUGAAAAAUUUGUCCACUGUUUCAUCAACUUUCUCUUCUUCUAUCUGCUCCUUGACCCACUUUGUUGAAAAAAGCUGUCAUCAAGAGAAACCAAAUUCCAUGUAUCCUUCUUUGAGCACACCUUCACUUUUCUUGCUCUAAAAGAAUCCUGCCCCUACCUCACGACGCAGGUUCCCCAUAAGCUAAGCGGUGGUUGCUCCCUUUUCUCUGCUACCACUGGGUCUGAGUGAGAUGAAUGGAUUCACUGAAUGCUGAAUGCCUCUUUCCUGUCCUUGUUCCAUCGUGCUCAGCCAGCUUUCCGGCAUAGUUCCAGCCGUCUUCCAUGCCUGUAGGUAUGUACCUUCGUGUGGCAGAACAAAGUACACAACUGUGGUAGUGUCACGUGGCCCCUCAAUGCCACCAUAGAAUUUUUAUUUCCCUCAUACAUUCAUUUUCCCUGUUUUCUUGUGCACUGUUCUUUUCUUAAACUUUAGACAGCUCCCCGCAUUCUCAGGAAUGAUGACCUGGACUGCCACUUCACUGAAAACGCCAAGCGAGCACUUCCAUAGGCUUCCCACCUCCACGUGUCCUACACAGUGUGUGCAAGCUGUCUCUGUUGCCCAACAGGGCCAGAUUUCCCUCUGGCAGGAGAUCCGCUCUUAGGUUCAGACACCACUCCAGCCAUUUCUCUCUGCCGUAUCAUUCACUUUACUCUGCACUAGGUCUUUCCCUUCAGCAUAUAAAAUAUGCUGGGCUCUCUUUUUAAAAAAGUAGUAGAAAGCUCGCUUUCUUCCUGGAUAUUGCACAGCUUCUCUUUUUGCUUCAAAAUUUCUCAAGAGUUGCUGUAUUCUCAGUCCAUUUCCUCUGCUCCCAUUCUGUUGAAUUCAUUCCAGUCAGACCACCCUUCUGCAAUAUUAUCACGGCCUCUGUGGACGAUCACACACAUCCAGUGUAAUUAUCUUUUUUUUCCAGUUCUAGGAUUCAAACCUGGAGUUACUGGAUUGGAGUUUCAGUCUAUACUCAGCUGGCUCCAAGGCAGAGUAUUUUGAGAGUACCGCAUGUGCUAAACAGGCUACACCUAGGCCAUCUCUGUCCUCAUUUUGGUUUUUAACAUUUUUUUAUA